AAGAAAGGCGGAGAUUAUUCUUCACUGGUAGUCCCCAGAAGUUAAACAAUUUAACGAUCGGUGGAAACGACGACACAACUGGGAAAAGUAAUAUAAAUCAUAUUUAUAAAACAAGUGGGUUAGUACCGUAGAAAAACAAUGGGAUCAAUUAAGAGAAACGGGAGAAAGGUGGUUUAUUUGUUGAAGUAAGCUUUGGAGUAUAUAAAAUAUGGACAGAUGCCAUUAUUAAUUGUACGGGAAUAUAAUACUCAUCGAUACCUGGAUUAAGUGUAAAGUUUGUCGUUUCAAACGCGAGUACGCCGGAAGCGGGCUUCGGGCGUUUUUACUAAGGCUCGGGAUCCAACAGUGUCAUGCGGAUGGACCAAGAUACACAGUGGCUCUACCAGCUCCUGGCCGAAGUACAGCUGGAGCAGUAUUAUGUGCGUGUGCGGGAUGGACUCAACAUCACCAGGAUAGAGCACUUUUCCUACGUCAAGGAAGCAGACCUCGAACAGAUUGGCAUUGGGAAGCCUGGGCAGAGAAGAUUAUGGGAAGCUGUCAAACGCUACAAGACUAGCAAUCGUCUGCGGUCAUGGUUACCCAAGGUGUUUGCAGGUCCAGGCGCCGACCCCGGUGGAGACAGGCCUGGGGCGGCACAAGGUGCCAGAAUGACGAGGUCCUUCACAUGCCUGAUUCAGGACAGCGAAUUGCUGCUGGCUGAAAAACUGGGCUCCGGCUCCUUUGGCGUCGUGAGGAAGGGCAAGUGGCAGAUGCCCAACGGGCUCAUUCUACCAGUGGCAGUGAAAUCCUUGAAAACUGGCCCAUCCGAGCAGGCGGACACCCUGAGUGACUUUAUGCAGGAGGUGACCAUCAUGCAGACCCUGGACCAUCCCAACCUCAUCCGUCUGUAUGGCGUGGUCCUCACACAGCCCCUGAAGAUGGUGACGGAGCUGGCCCCCCUGGGCUCAUUGUACGACACACUGCGGCUGCGGCAGAACGACUUCCCGCUGUCGCGCCUGUGGCUGUUUGCCACGCAGAUCGCUUCGGGCAUGGAGUACCUGGAGAGCCGGCACUUCAUUCACCGCGACCUGGCGGCCCGCAACGUGCUCCUGGCCAGCCGUGAGCUCGUCAAGAUCGGCGACUUCGGCCUCAUGCGCGUCCUCUCCGAGCACGACCACUACCUCAUGAACGCCCACCGGCGCAUCCCGUUCGCCUGGUGUGCCCCAGAGAGUUUACGAACAGGCUACUUCACUCAUUCCUCGGACGUGUGGAUGUUUGGAGUCACGAUGUGGGAGAUGUUCACCUACUGCGAGGAGCCCUGGUUUGGGCUGACAGGCCGGCAGAUACUGUGGCGCGUGGAGCGGGACGGGGAACGCUUGGAGAGACCUCAAGACUGUCCCCAGGAGCUGUACUUUGUGAUGCGCAAGUGCUGGGCUUGCAAUCCCGCUGACCGCCCGACUUUCUCUCAAGUCAGUGUGCUGGUGACUGAGGCUCAGCCGAGGGAGGUGCGCGCUGUGAAAGACUUCGCCGAGCCCAGAAAGUUGGCUCUGCAGACCAAUGACCUGGUGACAGUCAUAGAUCACGGACUGGAGCUCCAUGAGUGGAAAGGGCAAAACCAAAAGACCUUGAGUAUUGGCUGGUUCUCGCCAGGCGUGACCAUGCUGGUCGCAGGUCCCAGCUUGAUCUCUGCUCCUCUGAAGGGUGGUCUGCAGCACAAGGGUCACGGAGACGUCAGACCAGAGAAGAGCUGGGCUUCCCCAGAUCGCCUGAAUGGGUCUUCAAACUGUCUCAGUGCUGGGGCAUCUAAGGACCGAGGCAGGGAGAAGUCCAACUUACAAAGACUGGCAGGCCUCUCGAGAAGUCUGGAGACGGUUCUGAGCAUCUCUCCGGCUGACAACCCUCGGCUCCCAGCUCCUUCCAAACCACUGCUCCAGUCCAUGUUGGACCCCCGGAGGUUCAGCGACGCCAACAUCACGCCUCCCCCACGCCCUCCGCUCCCCAACUUCCUACGGCCGAAGAACCAGGCCAACAGUCGGAAGCCCAAUGGGAGUCAAGGCCCUGGCCCUUGGCUGCAACCACAACCGCAGCAGCUGCCACAGCCGUUACAGCAGCAACAACCGCAGCUGCAGCCCCAGAGCACCAGCAGUGCGCUCAGGAUGAGUCACAUGUGCCAGUCCACCUCACGGCUGGACGAGAGUGCGGAAAAGAGGGAAAAAGAGAGGGAGCAACCAGUUAGGUCUGCUGUGAUGGCCCAGCAGUUGCAGGAGGCGGUGCACGGUGUGACCUAUGAGGAGGUGGCUAACGCGCUGCGGCAGAAUGACUGGAAUCCAGUAAAGGCGGAGCAGCAGCUGAAGGUUGAGCAGCUCUACUUCAUGAAUCUGUGCUCCCGAGACGACUGUGUCCACAUCCUGACUCGCUACCAGUGGGACCUGCAGCAGGCCAGUCGCUAUGUGCUGAAGUUGGCAGGAGGAGCAGGAACAGGAGGAGCAGGAACAGGAGGAGCAGGAACAGGAGGAGCAGGAACAGGAGGAGCAGGAACAGGAGGAGCAGGAACAGGAGGAGCAGGCAGCGCUUCAGGAAGCCACGGAGGCCUGGACAGGUCUCCCCGGAGGGACUGGGAAAGCGAGAGGAGCUGAGGGAUUUGUGGGGCCACUGACAGCGUUGGGGACAGGAGGUCUGAAGGAUGAGCCAGAGCGAGAGAGGAAGGCGAGGCGGGUCACAGACUGACAGGGACGCCCCCAGAAAGGGGCUCCCAGCCUCAGAUCCGCGUCUUCUGGGGCCCUUGAGUUCCGUGCGCCGUGUUUCUGAGGAAAAGGCGCCUGUCUCUCAGCCCCCUGGGUGUCUGAGUCCUCAUGAUGAAUGGAGUGGGACGUUGACAGAUUUGUAUUUUACUUUGUAUCAUGGCUCAGAAAUGUUGAACAUUCUGUUUGCCUGUAGGUCUCUAAAUGUUUACAGUCGUCUCAUGAAACUAUUUAUGUAGCACCUUUUGAACAAUUUCCUUUUUAAUUGUAAACUCUUUUUUGUGCAUAGAGAGGCUAUGCAGUAUAUUCUAGCUUCCCCUCUGUGUGAUGGCAGUGUCUCUCCUCCUGGUGCUCCUGCUGCAUCCUCGGUCUAUGACGAGCCGUUUUAUGGCUGCAGUCACGGGGCCGGCUGUGGCAGAGGCAAUCUGCACUUUGGAGCCAAAGAGCAACUGGGCCAGAUUGUCAGUGCCAUCUACUUCCCGUGGCAACCACAGGCAUGUUCGUGGUCAUAAGUGGGGGGAGAGAAGUCCCACAGGCUGGAAUGCCGAGGGAGGGUCGCUAGGUGGAAACUCCUGGUGACCCCUGGUGGUUGAACCCUGGCUGUGCAAGAAGUGGGUGGCGUAGGAACAAAAGGCAGAGGAGGAGCCUUUUGCGUUCAUGCCACAUGGAUAUAUGCCAAGCUGAUGCUUUUUCCUGGGAAUGUGUGCCGCCAUUGUCCAAGUAUGAUUGUUUUCCAAGUGCACCCCCCCCUCCUUUAAAGCAGGCUAGGCUUUACAGUAUCUGAAUGCUUUGUAAAUCCUGUGUUUUUCAACUGUAUAAAGAAAAACCAAUAAAAAUGCUCAGACUUAAA